GUUUAGCCUGCAGUUGUCCUACCAGUUCCACUUCCUAGAUCAUGUUUAGUUUCGUUUCUCUCUCUCUCUCUGAUCACUGAGCGCAGCUGCUUAUUUUCGCAGUCAGUAGCCUACUCAUCUCAGUGGAAAAAAGUUGGCAUAGCCUACUGUCCGAACGGGUUGUCUCUGUAAGAAGAAAUCAGCAAAAUGAAGAUGGGAAUCUUUUUCCUGAUUGCCACGUGUGUUUUAUCCACAGCAAUCACAUCAGCCCAAGAGAGCGACAAAGACAAGCCAUCGGCAAGCCUUCAGCCCCCAGCCAUGUUUACUGAUCUCCCUGCUCCCACAACCACCAAACCUACCGCGACCACCAAACCCACAACCACCACCAAACCCACAACCACCACUAAACCCACCACAACCACCAAACCCACAACUACCACCAAACCCACAACUACCACCAAACCCACAACUACCACCAAACCCACCACAACCAUCAAACCCACCGCUGUGCCAGGCCCAACUCCUUCCACUAACAUCACUAUGGGCAACUUCACCUAUUUAGAAGGAAACACACUUUACGUCAUGGCCCAGAUGAUACUUCAGGUCAAAGUGAAUGACAGCAAGACUCGAGGAACGUUCAUUGUCCAACCAAAUAUGACAAAAACAAGUGGUGUGAUUAAAAAGGACUCUGUGAGCUUCACCCUCACCUUUAAGGAGGGCACUAUUACGUUUAACUUCCAAAGGAACACAACCUCAAAGACUGUCUAUGUCAACUCUUUGCAUCUGAACAUGACCUACGCUUUCACAGCAGGAGGUAAGAAGACUUACAUUGCCAAGAAUGAAUCACUGGAUCUCUUCAAGGCAGCCAUUGGCCACUCCUACUCCUGUAAGAACGAGUCCAUCUCCCUUGGUAAUGAGAUAUACUUGGAAGUGACCCAAGAUCGAGUCCAGGCCUUCAACUUCACUGCGACUAACCAGUUUGGCCAGAUGGACCUCUGCAAGGCCGACCAGCCUGACUACACUGUUGCCAUUGCUGUGGGCAUUGUGCUUCUCAUCCUCAUCGUUAUCGUGAUCCUCGCGUACAUCUGCAGCCGCCGGCGCAGGUCCGAUGGCUACCAGUCCCUGUGAGGAACGCAUAAGGGCACAGGAUGCCAACCACCUCCGUCCGUGGAGGAUCAGUCAUCCUUUCAUCUCACCUGUAAUGUUCCCUCUGCGUCUCGAUGUGGAAGCCAUAUUUUGUAAUCGACAGUUUACAGCUUCAAUUCUUUGUGCACUGUGUUAUUAACCUAUGUCUGUAGGAUGCUAUUGUGUGAAGUGGUGUUGAGUGAAGGUUACUAUCCUCAUAAAGCACUGAUUUUUUUGUUGUUGAUUUGGCUUCUUCAGCUAGGUAAAGUAUUAAUGGAAAAGAGAUGUCUGUCGCUCACAUUAUACUAAGGGAAUCAAAAUAGGUAUAUGCCACAAUUUAUUGUAAAACUUAAACAAAAUAGUAUUUCAGAACAAAUCAAUAUGUUUUACUGAUUCAGUUAGCCUAAUCAAAGGGAAUGCAUAAUUGGGAGUAACAAAAAAAGGUUGUUGCACAGAUUUAAAGUUUUAGUCUUUGUAAGGUUAUUUAAAGGCAGUCCUCAACUAUUAUGAAAAUGAAGGGAAUAUAUGCAUUGUAUAUUGUAAACAGCUACACACUGGGAAAUAUUUUCAUUGUCUGUUUUUAAGAAGCAUUUGCAUUUUUGUUAAAAUAAAGAGCGACUGACUUUACCAAACGGGAA